AGUCGGUUGAAUUAAAAAUUACGUGUGUUGUUACCAAUAUGCAGUAGUGUUUUAGUUGUUGAAAACCUCAAGCUUAUCACCGCCGAGAAAAUGAAUUUCAACUUAACCGUAUCUAGACCUUUGCCACUUAUACUUAAUUUUGCGGAAAAUGAAGGAGAAAUAAGAUCUUUGGGAUGGAUGCUUCCUCCUGAAGAACUUGUCAAUGUACCAGAACAUUGGUUAUCUUAUGAGGACAUUAAUCCUUAUUAUCACAUUGGAUUAGUUUUUAUUUGGAUUUUUUUAAUGGUGUUUUCGUUAAUCGGAAAUGGUUUAGUCCUAUGGAUAUUUUGUUUAGCCAAACCUUUGAGAACGCCAUCUAAUAUAUUUGUAGUUAAUUUGGCGUUCUGUGACUUUUUGAGUUUAACAAAAGCGCCAACAUUCAUAUACGAUACGCUAUUUGUGGGUUACAUGGAACAUACAAGUUGUCAAUUCUUUGCUGUACUUGGUGCUAUUAGUGGUAUUGGAGCAUCAACAACGAACGCCAUAAUUGCCUAUGACAGAUACAAUACCAUAGCCAGACCAUUUGAUGGACGUAUGAGUUACGGUAAAGCAAUUUUCUUGGUAUUUUGCACUUGGUGUUAUAUGGUUCCUUGGAUUUAUUUUCCAUUAACAGGGAAGUGGAGUCGCUAUGUACCAGAGGGAUAUUUAACGACUUGUACAUUUGAUUACUUAACCCCAACAGACGAAAUAAAAAAAUUCGUCGCAACUAUAUUUUUUUUUUGUUAUUGUGUACCAAUGACUUUCAUAGUAUAUUAUUAUUCACAAAUCGUCACUCAUGUGUUCAGGCACGAAAAAGCUCUUAGGGACCAGGCUAAAAAGAUGAACGUCGAUUCCCUACGAAGUAAUCAAGAUGCCAACGCUCAAUCAGCAGAAGUCAGGAUAGCAAAAGCUGCCAUAACCAUAUGUUUCUUGUUUGUAGCAGCAUGGACUCCUUAUGCAACUGUUGCAUUGAUUGGUGCGUUUGGAGACAGGUCAUUAUUAACUCCUGGCGUUACUAUGAUACCUGCGACAUUUUGCAAAUCUGUAGCUUGUUUCGACCCAUAUGUAUACGCAAUAAGUCAUCCAAAAUAUAGAAUGGAGCUAGCGAAACGCAUCCCAUGUCUCGGAAUUAAAGAAGCGCCACCAGUUGUAUCCGAAACUCAAUCUGCUACUACAACUACCGCUUAAGAAAUGCAUAUCUAAGUUAAAAUAAUAUAUUUUAUAUUGUGUUAAAAUGAUGCAAAAUAAUUCUCAAUAUCAACUCUCAUCAGUUUCAUUAUUCAUUCAUCAUUUUUCAAACAGUUAUAAGUUACAAUUAUUCUCAAUGUAAAUUAUUCUAAAUGUAAACAUUUUAACAAAAUAUUGUAUUUAAAGCUUUAGCAAAAUUUAUCUACUUAUUUAUGUGAUAGAUAUCUAAGA